AUGCUUCUCACGCCUCGCACCUAUUCCAACGCACAAAUCGCCGACGCCGGCCACAAACUGCCUGAGCCCUCGUUUUUCGUGUGUACAAAGUCGCGCUGCGAGCUGCUCGCCGAGGAGAAGCGCGCGCUGAGAAUGCUGCUGCUGCACCAAAAGGGGAGCGUCAAAGUCGGCGAGGUCGUGAGGUACACUCUAACAUACACCCCCUCCGAAGACCGCAUAUUACCGCCCCCUCCAUAUCUCCAUGUCCGCAUACGCAACUCGUCGGCCAUACCACUGCGCGCUGCAUAUCUCCACGGGCCCUACACGAUCCAUGUCUCGGCCUAUCCCUCCACCUUCAACCCCAACGUCAAGGCCGACGAUGCGAAAACCUACGGCGUCCCCGACUUUGAGCCCAACGUAAAGGCGGGCGGAUACUGGAAUACAAAGUUGACGGUUCCCGAGCAUACCAGGACACAGCUGCCGGGCGACGACUCGAAUGCUCCCAAGAGCGUCACCUGGAUAAUCGAAGUCGCUUCGCAGAUUAUCUUCUCCAAUUCGGCGUCGGUAAACUAUGAACUGCUUGUGGCGCGCGAUGAGCGAUCGCUCGACCUGGGUUUCAGUGCGGUUACUGGUAACACCCAUGGAACGCCAGGAAAGGUUCAGGAUCACCAGCAGGGGAGCCAGAAACAUGUUUCAAACCACCCCGCACAGCCCAAGGGGGUCUAUUCCAAGGCGGUCCAGUUGGUUGUCGACGACACCACAAGCUUGUGGAACAAACCAGAGUUGCCAGAAGGGAAAGAUGACGGACAGAGCACCGAGGGGCAUCCCAAGGACGACGACCGCCCGCCGACCCCAGGCCAACAGAAGAAGAAAAAGGUCCAUAUUGUGAUAGUAACACAUGGCUUGCAUAGCAAUCUCGGCGCAGACAUGCUGUAUUUGAAGGAAAGCAUUGAUGCGACCGCAAGACAGGCGCGCGAGAGUCGGCGACAGCGGCGCAGAGAGGAAAAGGAGGCUAAGAACACUGCUGAGGAUAAGGACAUUUCAACCGCGCCAUUGUCUGGUGGUCAAGAAGACAUAUCGGAUGGCGAAGACGAAGAUGAAGAGGAGGUGGUUGUUCGCGGCUUUAACAACAACGUCAUACGCACCGAACGCGGUAUUCAAUAUCUGGGCAAACGACUUGCCAAGUACGUGUUGCGUCUCACGUAUCCUGACCAACCAUAUCUGCCAGUCAAGAGGUCCAUGGGACAGAAGAUUUCCAAUACCUUUUCACCCACAAAAGACAAGGUACCAGACGAAGGCUUCCCCUCUCAUGCCGGUAGUAGUAUACACCAAUCAGGUCAAGCUCGAAUCAAGCGUGAGUACGAAUUCACCAGUAUCAGCUUCAUUGGCCAUUCUCUUGGCGGCCUUGUACAGACGUACGCCAUCGCAUACAUCCAUAAGCACUCGCCUCACUUCUUUGACACCAUCAAGCCUGUCAAUUUCAUCGCUCUGGCAACACCAUUCUUGGGGCUGAGCAACGAGAACCCCACAUAUGUCAAGUUUGCACUGGACUUUGGAUUGGUUGGCAGAACAGGACAAGACCUUGGGUUAACCUGGAGAGCACCGACACUAGCAAGGAGUGGUUGGACGGCCAUGGGCAGUGUGUUUGGGGGCCAAGCCCAGGAUCAGCAUCAGGAAGACCCUGGCGCCAAGCCUCUACUACGCAUCCUUCCUACUGGACCCGCCCACAAGGUUCUGCGCAGAUUCCGGAAUCGGACCAUAUACUCGAAUGUCGUCAAUGACGGUAUAGUCCCACUGCGUACGAGCUGUCUCUUGUUCUUGGACUGGAGAGGGCUGGGUCGGGUGCAGAAGGCCCGCCGAGAAAACGGCCUUAUUGGCACGGUCGCUGUGUGGGGUUACGGUCAACUUACGGGACAGAAUUCUUCGCCCAAUCCUUCCAAGACCGCCCUCCCGGAAGACGAAAACUCGGGACUUGAUUCUCCAACGUACAGCGGCGAUGACACUACUGUGCCAUUGCCGGGUGCCGACGUCACCAACCAGGAGGAUGAAACGCAGGUACCUUCGAUCGACUCGGCAACCCAUCAAGUCAUUGAAGGACAGAAGAAGAACCCAGAAGGAAAGGAUCCAAACGACUCAUACUUUCAGCCGCAAAAUACACUGAUGCAGCUCUGGAGCUAUAUUAGGCCUACAGGGAAGCAUACCUCGCGCGACAAGAAGAUGUUCUCGCGUAGCCAGACGAUUCACAAGGAUGACGAAGAAGAGCAGCCUGCUGGAGAGCCAGAACCCCCGCCAUCACCAUCCCGUAAAGACAAGCACAGGAAGAGACCGCGAGCGACUCGUGGUGACUCGAUUGUCAACAAUCCCAAAGGAAACAUGGCACCACCCAAGACAACGAUUUUCGAAUCAGCUGGUGACUUGAUCAACCCACCUGUACCUCCGCCGUCGUGGAUCAACGACCCAUCCACCCGAGCACGCGCCAUCUUCCAUGACAGAAUCUAUCAUCCUGAGGAUAUUCCCCCGCCACCAGUAAAGAAGAAGGCUACGCGCAACUUUUCGGGUGAAAGCUCCGGCAGCCAGGCAUCGACAACAAGCAUCGACGAGAGUGACAUGCGUGUGGAAGAGAAGAUUGCCCGCGCUUAUCACAGGGAUCUUUCAUGGCGCAAGGUUUUGGUGAGGCUCGAACCUGACGCCCACAACAACAUCAUAGUACGUCGUAUGUUUGCCAAUGCGUACGGAUGGCCUGUGAUCAAGCAUCUUUGCGACACUCACUUUGCCGAUACAUACUCGGCUCAGACACGCGAUGAGCUUGAGCCGGCCAUUGAUCGAGCACAGGCAGUAGACAAGCCUAUCAGCAAAGACGGCGAGCAUGUAAAGGGACAAGAAGAUCAACAUCCACCUAUUGAGCGUUCCGAGAGCGAAAUGCGCGAAGUAGCUGACGAGCUGACGCCUCUGAAGCUGCCCAGUCUGAGGAUCCCCAAGAGGAGCAACACAACCGAAUCGACUCACAGUAUAGGGUCUGGCGAUUGGGAUAGCAUCUACUUCAACGAGACGAGCGACGAUGAAGAAGAGUUCGACGAUCGCAACGCUGUUCAGCGUUUCUUCCAACCCAACAACCCAAAGAGCCCGCGGAGCCCUUCGGAAGCGAUGCCCAAGACCCCUGAGGGAAAGGGCACUAGCGAAGCAGACAUCUCCAGCUUCUUGCAUGGAUCUGGCGUUGAGUAUCACAGAGGUCUUGGUGCAAGCCCACGCAGCAAAACUACCCACCUGACUGCCGAGCCAGAGUCGAUGGAGCCUACGGAUGAGCCUUCUACUACUAAUGGAGCAGGAGAGCAAGCUUACAGUCAGAACGAGCCACCAAUGGGCAGGAUCAGUGGAGUGGGCUUGAGAAACGCAAUGGAUAUGACUGGCUCACCAGACAGUAGCAAGUCGGAACAUGCAAGUAGUGGUGUCGUUGAGCAAGUUGCCAGACUAAGUAGCCCCAAGAGUGACAAGCAGGAUACCAACUCGUAGCACCGAGUGGGCGACUUGUUGAGGCGAGCAAGAGCGAGGUGCAAUCUAUGUGGGGAAAUCGAUGUUGACAGCGUAUAGACACUUGCAGCAUGCAGCAAGUCCUUGACAGCGAUUCUGGGUACCUCGCGCAGGCCGUCUCUAGAAUUCCCACGCGUUUUGGGUUUUGGGUGCAUUGGGUGUUACGUGACGUUGGGUUUGAGACGAGUGCACAGAGGCGGAUGGCACGCGGACAAUGGCAUAGGCCGUAGCACCGUUGCGUACACAAGAUACCCCAGAUAUCGAGCGGUUUGUACAUGUAUAUAACAUUUUCCUUUCGUCUUGUUAUUCUUUAAUACCUGUUAUAGACUUAGGGAGUCGUUUUCUUCUUCUU